CAUCCCCCAAGGUCUUCAGUUGCAGGGGAAAAUAGAAAAAACUUUCCAAAAUGAUUAAACAAAACGUAUGCCUGACAAGAAGACCAUCUAAAACAAAGUAAAAUGUUGAGGCCCCUUUGGUGUUUUUUUUUUUAAUAUAAACCACUUGAAGAAGGCAGUGUAUGACAUCUGGCAAAGUUAUGGCAAGUAUGUCAAGAAGAAUGGGCAAUGAUUUCAAGUUCAAGUUUAUGAUUUUGAUUUUCAGGGCCUAUAUAAAACUUGUGUGGUCCUUACCAACUUCUGAAACCUAAAUAACCUCGGGUGACAACAAAGAAAAAGCAACAGAUUUCCCUAUGUUGUAAUUUUUUUUUCCCCAAAAAGUAAAUCAACAUUCAGAAACCAGGAGGAAAAAAUAAGUACACACUUCCUACUUCUACAAUCAUUAAGAGAAUAGUUAGCAGUCAGAUGUUAAUACACAAUGAAAUACACAAACUUGGUUAAUAAUCAAGAACCUUUAUUAGAGCAGAAUAUUUAGUGUUCUGGAGCACUCAGGGGUGUGUGCGCGCGCGUGCAUCAUGCUAAGAAGAAAAGACAUCAGCCAUGACCUCAGAGAAUCAAUUGUUGCUGCUCAUCAAACUGAGAAGGGUUAUAAGGCCAUUGGCAAACAAUUUGAAAUUCACCAUUCUACAGUGAGAAGGGUUAUUUACAAAUGGUGUGCCUUGAAGACGGUUGCCAAGCUUCCAAGGAGUGGACAUCCCAGCAAAUUAAUUCCAAGGACAGACUUCUAAAAGCUUAGAGAUAUAAAGAAAAACCUAAGAGCUACAUCAUGUAAGCUACAAGCUUCUGUAAGCACAUUAAAUGUUUAUGUUCAUGACAGCGCGAUCAGAAAAAGAAUGAACUGUAGGAAUUCCAAGUCUACAUUUUAAAUAUUUUCAGAAGAAGAAGAAGCCUUUAUUUGUCGCAUGCACACCCAAGCACCGUGAACUUCAUCCUCUGCAUUUAACCCAUCUGAAGCGGUGCACACACACAUAUACAUACCCAGAGCAGUGGGCACUGGGCAGCUAUACUAGAGCGCCUGGGGAGCAGUUAGGGGUUCGGUACCUUGCUCAAGGGCACUUCAGCCCAAGGCCACCCCAUGUUAACCUAACUUUGGACUGUGGGGUAAACUGGAGCACCCGGAGGAAACCCACGCAGACACGGGGAGAACAUGCAAACUCCACACAGAAAGGCCCCGCGUCAGCCACUGGGCUCGAACCCAGAACCUUCUUGCUGUGAGGCGACAUUGCUAACCACUACACCACCAGCCGCCCAGCCUCCGUGUGUUUGAGCUACAAGUUGGGGCAACAAGCUAACCGUCUAACUAUGAUAAGUGAUGCACAUUUUCGUCCUCAAACUGUAUAAUCAGUGUUAUACGUAGAUUUGACAAGUGAAUUUCUAAACGUUGACAUAUUCAGCAUCCAACGCAAAUAAUUUGUGUAUAUAUAGAAUGUGUACAGUAUAACUCAUUUAAGUCUAAGAAGUGCUACUUUUGUUUACUGUUGAUUCUGGGAGCAGCCAUGAUGAUUUGAUGUUGCUUACUUAUCUCAUGGUUGAGGAGCUGUUUCUCAGUUUACGAGUUGGGAUUCCGAUUGGUGUUUUCUUUGUUUUUUUCCUAGUCAGAAGUUGUAAAUCCAGAGUUCAGGGGUAAUGAACAUGAAACAUGAACAAGACUGCGACGAUGGAGGCUGUACAAAAGGAAAACUGGUACUUCAUGGCACUUCUGAUUUGUCUCUCUUUUCUCAGAGUCUCGGAGCAGCUGAAGUCUUCAGGGAGCACAGUGAAGCUUCAGGAAGGGAUGCUGUUGGACUGCUUUUGUCCCUGGACUGGGAACCUCAUCAUGGUGUCAUGGACUAAAGGAGUCUAUUCAAGUCCGCUUGCCAUUUAUCACCCCAUGUACGGCGUCAAUUUCAACGCUGCUUAUGACGGUAGAGUUGAGUUCAUCAAUGCUUCAGCAAUGGAUGGCAGCAUCAGAAUAAUGAACGUCACUGAAGAAGACGAGGGUCUGUAUCACUGCACAAUGCAGACGUUUCCUCGAGGGACAUGGACCAAAGAUACGCUGGUGCAAAAACAAGUCACCACCACUGUCUUGUCCCCCAAUCCCAACACCAACCUUAUCGUCUCUGAAAGCAAAGACGCGACCAUCAGCUGCAGUCAUGAUGGAGUCGUGUACGAGGUCAGUAUGGAGAGGAUGGAGGGAGCAGACGGAGGGAGCAGUCUGUUAGCAGUGUGUAGGCAGAAUGCCGAUGGCGUGGAGCUCAGCAAGUAUCUGCACAGAGGAAAUGUGAACUGCAGCGAUGAGAUGGAAAUGAAGCUGCAUUUAAACAACGUGAGCCAAGAUGAUGACGGGAUUUAUCGCUGUAACUUCAGCACAGACGCUGGGUUUUCUAGCAGCCUUAUCCUUCUCACAAUGUUCUCCAGUCCCAAAGGACUCGGUGAUGCUCGGGACAGGUGGUAUAUUUACAUAGGAGGAGUAGCAGCAGGUGCAUCCGUCCUGAUGACCAUAGUGUUUUUCUACAUGUGGAGGAGCAGGAGGAAGGUGAGGAGAAUGGAGUACAGAACUCAGUUACAUACCACCAAAAGACAGCAUAUUUACACUAAUGAACAAGGAGGAGUGUAUGACAGGAUGAAAAAGACAACGAGGAACCAAAGAAAGAAUAAUCCAAUAUACGUCAACUUCCAAAACACGAGAGCACAGAAGAAAGGAAAAAGAUGACACGCAUUCAAGUUUCAACUGAAAAGACUGAUGAUGUGAUGAACCAGUGACCUCGUUUGACCUCAAUGAUUAGAUUGACAGGUGAUGAAACCAUACUGGUGUUGAGUGAAAUAGGAAAGGACUAAGAGCCACUGGAAAAUAUUCCGACCACAGAAGGCCUAUGAUGAAGGCCAAUUAAAAAAAGAAAUGGAUCAUAAAUGCAGUGAUGAUAUCCUGUGGCCUUCUGAAAUGAUGGCAAUUUUUUGCACAUUUAAUAUUGUCGUUUAUACAACAGUGCUAUUGAAUUCUGGAGUCUAAUUGCUCAGCAGGUGUUGAUUUAACAGCGGGUGACUCUGACAGGAGUCGCGACUCUAAUUUAUGGCACUGGUUCUAAUACGUUAUUGUUUCUAUAGUAACAGCAUACACAGAGACUUGUAUGAUGGAUGCGCAAUAGAAACAGAUUAAAAACGUGUGAAUGUUGCUAUGGUAAGUUUUCUGUAAAGAGAGAGGCCUAUUUAUUAUUUAAAAUCUAAGGAAGGAGUUUCCAGUGUCACUGCUUUAUAGCAUCUCAUCUCGUUAUCUCUAGCCGCUUUAUCCUGUUCUACAGGGUCGCAGGCAAGCUGGAGCCUAUCCCAGCUGACUACGGGCGAAAGGCGGGGUACACCCUGGACAAGUCACCAGGUCAUCACAGGGCUGACACAUAGACACAGACAACCAUUCACACUCACAUUCACACCU